AUGGGCAAGCGAGUUGCCAUCGGCAGCGCUGGUGUUAGUGGCUUGGUUGCCAUAUGAUGCUGUCUGGAGCAGGGGCUGCAGCCCACCUGUUUUGAAAGAAGUGCUGGUGGAGGCCUGUGGAAGUUCUCGGAUCACACAGAGGAAGACAGAGCCAGCAUCUACCAGUCUGUGUUCACAAACUCCUCCAAAGAAAUGAUGUGUCUUCCAGACUUCCCAUACCCCGAGGAUUACCCAAACUACAUGCACCACACCAAACUCCAGGCGUAUAUAAAGUCAUUAGCUCAAAAGAAGAAUCUUUUCAGAUACAUACAGUUUGAGAUAGGAACCCUAGUUUCCAGUAUUAAAAAAAGCCCCAGCUUCUUAGUCACGGGCCAAUGGAUUGUUGUUACGGAAAAAGAUGGAAAACAGGAAUCUACUAUUUUUGAUGCUGUGAUGAUUUGUUCUGGACACCAUGUGUAUCCUAACCUCCCAACGGGCUCCUUCCCUGGCUUCAACCAGUUCCAAGGCGACCACCUGCACAGCAGAGAUUAUAAGGGCCCAGAGGCUUUCAAGGGGUAGAGGUUCCUGGUGACUGGCCUGGGGAACUCAGGAUCUGACAUCGCUGUGGAGCUCAGUCGUAAAGCUACACCAGUCAUCAUCAAUACCAGGAGUGGCUGCUGGGUCAGGAAUCGGGUUUGGGAUGACGGCUACCCUUGGGAUAUGGUGUGUAUCACCCACUUUGCCUCCUUUCUCUGGAAUAUCCUUCCUUCAUUUGUCUCAGACUGGCUAUAUACCAAGAAAAUGAAUACAUGGUUUAAGCAUGAGAAUUACGGCCUGAAGCCUUUAAAUGGCCCCUGGGAGAAAGAGCCUGUGUUCAAUGAUGAGCUCCCAGCUCGCGUUCCGUGUGGAACUGUGUCCAUCAAGCCCAACGUGAAGGAAUUCACAGAGACCUCAGCCAUCUUUGAGGAUGGCACUGUGUUUGAAGCCAUUGAUUCUGUCAUCUUCGCAACAGGCUAUGGUUAUGCCUACCCCUUCCUUGAUGAUUCGGUCAUCAAAAGUGCAAAUAACAAGGUCACCUUGUUUAAAGGCAACUUUCCGCCUCUACUGGAGAAGUCAACCUUGGCAGUGAUUGGUCUUGUCCAGUCCCUUGGAACUGCCAUCCCCACAGCUGACCUGCAGGCCCACUGGGCUGCUAAAGUGUUUACAAACUCCUGCACCCUGCCGACAGCAAAUGAAAUGAUGGCUGACAUUGAUGAGAAAAUGCGAGAAAAGCUCAAGUGGUUUGGGCAGAGCCAUACCCUGCAGACAGAUUACAUCACAUACAUGGAUGAGCUGAGCACAUUCAUUGGAGCCAAGCCUAAUAUCCCGUGGCUCUCUCUGACGGAUCCCCAGCUGGCCCUGGAGGUGUUCUUCGGCCCCUGUAGUCCAUAUCAGUUUAGGCUAAUGGGACCAGGAAAAUGGGAUGGGGACAGAAAUGCGAUCCUGACCCGAUGGAGCCGGACAGUGAAGCCAGCUAGGCGAAAAGUGAUCUGUGAAGCUCAGAGACCCCACCACCUCUACUAUUUUCUAAAAACGCUUUCUUUCCCAAUGCUCCUUCUGGCUUUUCUUCUCACAUUUUUUUAG